GGACUGAUGUGAAUGCACAAUAUAUACGUAAAGCACUGCUGCUGCAUAAAUUGACAGGGCUAUACAGGAGCGGACUGACAACUCAUGGGGCCCCCGGGCAAUAGGGGAUCAUGGGGCCCCUGUGUCCUUGCCCAAACUCAAAAGCCUAUGAAAAAGGUACCAGGGGCAUCUCAUGGGGCCCCCUACUGACCCCGGACAGUCGGGCAGUGCCCGAGUUUCCAAAUGGUCAGUCCGCCCCUGGGGCUAUACAAGUAUCUGAAAUA